AUGACGUUGAUGUCCCUAUCGACUGCAAUGACCAUCUUCGUCAUGAACGUGCACCACUGCGGCCCUGACCGCCGCCCCGUCCCGAGAUGGAUCCGCCGCUUCUUCCUGGACACCAUCGCACCGAUCCUGGUCGGGGAAGCCGGCGGGCGGAAGGGCAGCGUGAGCCCGAGCGGCACCAGCGACACCCCGGUGGACAUCACCGCCGAGGACACCGUCCAAACCGUCAUGGAAGAAUGCGAGCUCCGAAACCAGAAGGGGCACAUGUCGAACGGGGUGGUCGCUCCUGCCAUGGCACGCAAUCUUCCCCGCCUCAGCUUUACCGGCUUCGACACCUGCAAGAGUUCUUUCCUCUCUGACGACGUCCUCCGAUCAAGAAACCUGGCCACUGACCCAACUAAUAAUGCUUUCAACGUACUGCAGCACAAGUCCGAACUGUCCAAUAUUGCUAAGAAUGUGGAGUGUGUGGCUAACUACGUACAGGGCCGAGCACAGGAGUGGGAAAUACAGGGAGACUGGGCUAAGGUUGCCAAGGUGAUAGAUCGUAUCUUCAUGUGUAUCUUUAUCUUUGUGGGUGCCAUCAUCAGUAUACUGAUACUCACUAAGGUUAUUUAG